CAUAGCAGAUGAAAUAGAAGAUACCAUUAUUAUUAAUAACCAAAGGCCAAAAGCUUAUCGGCGGCAUUCUAAAAAUGGUUCUAUAACUACAACUGUUGUUGUAGAGAAUUUAAAAAUAUCUGAUAAAUACAAAAAAGGAGGCAUAACAUCAAAAAAAAAGUACCGCAAAAAAGUUGAUAUUGCUAUUUCUUUCAGAAGAGCAAAAAAAAUUUCAAAGGAGCUAUAUGGACUAUUUGAUAGUAUUAAACUUGGAGGAAUACAUGCAUCAGAAGGAGAAAUAUAUCUUCUUCAAUAUGUAAGAUUCACAAACCAGAACUUUGGUAUUCUAUCUGAUAUCUGUUCAGCUAAGAUUUCUUCAAAACCUGAAGUUCAGCAUGCAGGCCAAAUGAUUGACUUUCUUUAUUGUAUUAAGGGCAUGGUAAAAGAAUUUAUUAAACAAAUUAAAAAAAUUGAAGAGGAAGUUAAAAGAAUUAGUGAGUUUUCAGAUAACAAAAUCGAGAAAUUUGAUAAUUUGGGCAAAUUUUUAAAAACAAUUUUUAAGAAAAUAACUA